CCAUUACAAGUAUAGUACCGGACUCGGCACUAUAUAAGUAGUAGUACACUUUCUGUCAAAAAUGAGCAAAGGCCAAAACUUAAUUCACCUGCAUAAGGAUACACUACUCUCUCUCUCUCUCUCUCUUGUUCUAAAACAUAAUUCAACUCAUCCAAGGCCAACCGUUAAGAGAUGGAAAUAUCCAGUACUAUUACUGAAACUGAGCCUCAGAAGUUUGCUCUUCCAGUGGAUUCCGAACAUAAGGCGACUGAGUUUCAUUUGUUCUCAGCGGCUGCACCGCACAUGCGAGCGUUUCACCUCUCCUGGAUCUCAUUCUUUUCCUGUUUUGUAUCCACUUUUGCUGCUCCACCCCUCCUCCCUAUCAUACGUGACAACUUAAACCUCACAGCAACUGACAUUGGCAAUGCAGGGAUUGCAUCUGUCUCUGGUGCAGUCUUUGCCCGGAUUGCCAUGGGAACUGCUUGUGACUUAUUCGGACCACGUCUUGCAUCAGCAUCCCUCAUCCUCCUCACUGCGCCUGCUGUUUACUUCACCUCCAUCGCCUCCUCGCCCAUUUCCUUCCUUCUCGUCCGUUUUUUCACAGGCUUCUCCCUUGCCACUUUUGUGUCGGCACAAUUCUGGAUGAGCUCCAUGUUUUCAGGUCCGGUAGUCGGUACCGCUAACGGUGUAGCAGCCGGCUGGGGCAACCUCGGAGGCGGCGCCACACAGCUUAUCAUGCCCCUUGUUUUUUCUCUCAUCCGUGACAUUGGUGCGGUCAAAUUCACAGCUUGGCGAAUUGCUUUCUUCAUUCCUGCUCUGUUCCAGACAUUAUCAGCUUUUGCCAUUCUGAUCUUUGGCCAGGAUUUGCCAGAUGGGAAUUACCAAAGGCUGCAAAAUUCAGGGAAUAAACAGAAAGAUAAAUUCUCUCGCUUGUUCUACCAUGGGAUCACAAAUUACAGAGGAUGGAUCUUGGCCUUGACUUAUGGAUAUUGUUUCGGGGUGGAGUUGACAGUGGACAACAUCAUUGCCGAGUACUUUUACGACCGGUUCAAUCUGAAACUCCAUACAGCAGGAAUUAUUGCGGCAAGCUUUGGGUUAGCAAAUCUAGUUUCACGACCUGCAGGAGGUGCGCUGUCUGAUAUGAUGGCGAAGAGGUUUGGAAUGAGGGGUAGGCUUUGGGCCUUAUGGGCGGUGCAGACCUUGGGAGGGGUAUUCUGCAUCAUUCUGGGGCAGGUUGGAUCAUUGACCGCAUCUAUCGUAGUCAUGAUUGUUUUCUCAGUCUUUGUUCAAGCGGCAUGUGGUCUUACAUUUGGAGUGGUUCCCUUCGUUUCCCGAAGGUCAUUGGGUGUCAUAUCUGGGAUGACAGGAGGAGGUGGAAAUGUCGGUGCAGUGCUGACUCAAUUAAUUUUCUUCAAAGGCUCCAAAUAUUCUAAAGAAACUGGAAUAACUCUGAUGGGUAUCAUGAUCGUAUGCUGCACCCUCCCAAUAUUUCUCAUAUAUUUCCCACAAUGGGGUGGGAUGUUUUGUGGUCCAUCUUUGGAAAAGAUUGCCACAGAAGAAGACUAUUACUUGUCUGAAUGGAGUUCAAAAGAGCAAGGCAAAGGUCUACAUCAGGCAAGCUUGAAGUUUGCUGAUAACAGCAGAAGUGAAAGAGGGAGAAGGGUGCACUCUCAAACUUUGUCCUCUAAUGCUACUCCAUCGGCAAAUGUUUAGCCACUCCCACAAGUUUUCCCACUAUCUUUUUAUUUUAGAAGUACUUUUUGUUCAUAUUUCUUAUCAUGAGCCGCAUAAGUGUCGCAAGUAUAGACAUUUCCGUAGUUACUCAUGUCAUAUUGGCCUCAAUUAGGGGAAAGGCUUAUAGUUUGAGAUUCCAACCUCAAACCUACUCAAUACUGUGUUCUAAUAAAAUCCCAUAGUAUCUGUAUGUACCAGUUGUCUUCUUCUUUUCACUUCCUUUUUUGUCCUUUUGCUUUGGGAACAUGAGUUUGAAGUUUUAUA